AUGGAACACACAUGUUCUGGUAUAGAGGUGAAGAAUCCUAUGGUGUCUACCAAGUGCGCUGCAAGGGUGCUGCUUAAAGAUAUCAGAGCCAACAAUGAUAUCCCUGGCAAGGCAUUGAACCAACUACUUUGGCAGAGAUAUGGAGUACAGGUGGCUGCAAGUUCUCUAUACAGAAUGAGGUCUAAGGCUUUAAGGGAGAUAAAUGAGGGUCAUGAUAUAUCCUAUGACCAACUUCCUAAUUACUGUGAAAUGAUCAGAAUUACUAACCCAGGUUCCUCUGCCUUCUAUGCUUGGACACCUCAUGACCACAUUUAUAGGCCUCUGCAGUUCCUAAACAUAUUCAUAUCAUUCAAGGGUUGUAUAUAUGGAUUGUUAGCUGGAUGUAGAAGCUUCAUUGGGGUGGAUGGGGCUCACUUAAAGGGGAAUUAUGGUGGUGUCCUGUUAUCUGCAGUUGCAUUGGAUGAAAACAAUGAGCUAUUCCCCUUUGCUUGGGCAAUAGUAUCAGUUGAGGACACAGAGAAUUGGAAGUUCUUUGUGUGGCAUUUGAAAAACUUACUAAAUGACAUUGGGAGAGGUGAUGAGUGGUGCAUUAUCUCUGAUAGAGAGAAGGGGAUUGAAGUUGCAUUGAUUGAGUUGUGGCCAAAGGCUGACAGAAGAUAUUGCUGUAAGCACCUAUGCAAGAAUUGGAAGAAGCCAUUCCUAGGUCCUUUGAUGUUUAGUCUGUUCUGGUUGGCUGCUGGUGCUUAUUCUGCUUUCACCUUUAAGAAGGCCAUGGACCAACUGCAAAAGGUGAAUCCAGCAGCCUUGAUAUGGUUGUCUAAAGUUGGAGAUCAAUCAACAUGGACCAUUCACAAAUUCAAUGAGGCUAUCAAGUGUGAUGUAAACAAAAGCAACUUUGUGGAAAGCUUUAAUUCCACAUUGGGUAUGGACAGAGCAAGACCUGUUCUAACAUUGCUAGAAGGAAUUAGAAGAACAAUAAUGGUCAGGAUGUGCACUAGGAAGCAAGCUUCUGAGAAUUGGGUAGAUGAUGAUAUUUGCCCAAGAAUAAAGACCGGACUUAAAGUGAUCACUCAAGAGUCCAGGGCCUGCAAGGCAUACCCUAGUGCUGAUGGGUAUGAAGUCACUGAUGGCAAAUCUGUUCUAUUUGUAAGUUUUGCAGAAAGAAGGUGCCUUUGUGGGAGAUGGCAGAUUUCUGGAAUCCCUUUGAGAAGGUACAAAGCUGCAUAUGCUGGUGGAAUCAAGUCCAUUCCUGACAGUGAUCAAUGGCCAGACUUUGUCAUGCCUAAAAUUCAACCUCCUACCAUAAAGAGAGGAGUAGGCAGGCCUUGUAGAGAGAGAAGAAGGGAUGAAGAAGAAGAGAGGAAGGGCAAGAGAAGGAAAACCCUUAAAUGCAUCAACUGUGGAAGCUAUGGCCACAACUUAUUAACAUGCAAAGGAGGCCCCACAGCAAAGCAAGCUGCUGCUGUUGCUGCCUCUAAAAGGGGUAAGGGGAAGCAGGCUGGUGUUACUUCUGGUUCUGCAUAG